UGAUUACUCCUUGAGCUCGAAUGAAACAGUAAAAUAGCCGGUCGACUAUCAACACUACCGUGUACUUAUUAGUGUGAUUCGUGGUGCAAAAUAUACUUUAUAUUCACUAAAUAAAUAUGUCGGAAUCGGAAACUCCAACUACUAUCGAUAGUACGACAAAACAUGAGUCCCACGGUAGGAAGAGAGUGCGGCAUCGUAAAAAACUUUUAUAUGAUAAAAUACUCAAGCAAAUGGAGUUCUAUUUCAGUGACGCAAAUCUCACAAAAGAUAGAUUUCUCGGUGAAUUAAUUAAAACCGACCCAUAUGUGCCUAUAGAAGUGUUUCUAAAAUUCAAUAAGAUUCGCGCCAUGACGCAGGACGUUAUUGAUAUCGCGAAAGCUAUGAAGUUUUCCACAAUUUUGGAGUUAUCAGAGGAUAGGCAGAAGAUAAGAAGAAAAACUCCAGUUGAACCAUAUGAUGCAGAAUCCAGAACUGUGUAUGUGGAGUCUAUACCAGUGACCGCCAACCGGGAGUGGCUUGAGAAGGUGUUUUCGGAUUAUGGACAUAUUGCAUACAUUUCAUUACCCAAGUUCAAAAACUCACAGAGAAUCAAGGGUUAUGCCUUUAUAGAAUUUGAUAAAACCGAGGAUGCACAUAAUUGCAUAAUGGCCUUCACCAAGAUGGGUUGCAGACUGCCCACAAGCAUGCCACCCGAGGAACUCUCUUCUGUAAAAAUGUUUUCAGUUGAAGAGCCAGAUGAUAUUAAGGUAAAAGAAGAGGUAGGUGUAAAGGGAGAAAAGCCAGAUAAGAUAAAAGAAGGGACAGACAUCAAGAAAGAAAAUCCUGAUAAGGUAAAAGAAGAACCUGGCAUUAUGGUGAAAGAACAAGAUAUUAAGACUAAAGAAGAGGAUGAACCACCUAGGAAACGAUCAAGAAAAAGUAAAGAUAAAAGGCCCAAAAACUUAGAACUGAGGCAGGGGCAAGACUCAGAUUCUGAGAAAAGGGAUACUCCUACUGAUGAGUGCAAAAGUAUAACAACACCAAUAGAUGAUGUGUGCAUAAAAGAAGAUCCUAAAGACGAAUUAACUAGUCACGACGAAUCCAAGGAUGAUGCAGAUUCGCCAACUAAGAAGAAAAAUAAAAAAAAGUCAGCCAAAACUAAAAGCCAAACUCCAAAUGGAUUAAAUACGGAAGAAGCUCCAAAAGGAGCCCUGUGGGGCCUCCAAGUUUUGCCGAGAUCAGAAUGGAAAGCAUUAAGGAAUAAGUAUUUAACCCUGCAAAGGAAUUACAUGAAACAAGUGAAGUUAAAUUUGUAUAAUAGGAAGAAUUCCUAUUCAGCUAUACCUGAGCCUGCAACACUUCCAAUGGAAGCUGACACCGCUUUAAAUCCCGGAAAAAUAAUCAACAGUAAGCAUGUGGCACCUCUGGAGAGAAUCCCAGGUGUCUUUGUCAGAGAGGUGUUGCCCGAACCAUGCUGUGAUAUCAGGCACACCAAACGAAUGGUGCGAAGCAAUAUCCACGCCCUGCAUGUGGAUGCAAAAGAGGGUCAGUCGGAGAUAAUCAUACGCUUCGAUUCAGCAAAAGCGGCGGACGAAUACUGCGGCAACUCGAGCAACCGCGCGUGCAUCCUGUCGGGCGCGGAGGAGGAGGAGCAGUGGGCGCGCGCGGAGGCGGCGCGCGCGACGCCGCGGCCGCGCGGCCGCGAGCGCCUGCGCGCGCGCCUGCUGCGCGGAGGCGGCCGCGGCGCCGCGCCGCCGCCGCCGCCCCGGCCCGAGCCCGCCUCACCGCAGCCCACGCACACGCACAUCAGAUUCGACGACGAGUAGCGACGCCGUUAGUACUGAUACGGAUAAACGAUUUUAUCUACACACAUAUCAUAAACUGUCUAUGAUGCCUUCAAAAUUCGUAAAUGAUGGCCCACAUUACGAUAAACUGUUUUGUUACAGCAAAUUUCUUAUCUGUGAAAAUGUGGUAAUAGCUUCAUUACUAUAUCAAAAUCGAUUUGGUAAUGCAUUUCAAAUUUCGAACAUCUCUGAAAAAAAAGCAAUUUGAUAUGACCCCUAUUCUAAUAUCAGUUGAGAUGACGUUUUAUUCGAAAUCAAAUGACAAUAUUGACAAUUGAUAUUGUUCAUGAUAACUCGCAUGUAAGUUGGUAUCGGACGAUAUGGUAAUCGACCCCGACUCUAGUUUGUCUCUGAAUUUAAAAAAAAACUACGGAUGCGUGACGUGCGUGCAAAAAGUUUUCAUUUGCCGCCAUUUGACGUACAGUUUAUCUUUUAAAUAAGUAAAAUAUAAUUUGUUUUGUUGUUUUUAAAGGAACUAUAACAAAAGUUUCGUGUAAAAUGUGCGAUAAAGAUAUUUCGGAAACGCCAUCUCAUAUCCGCGAGUUCCGCCAGAGAGCAAAGUCGGCUGUAAUAUGAAGUUAGUGAAUAUAUCAUAGAAAGUUUAUAAUAUGUAUGUAGAUAAAGCAGUGUAUGUAACUGUACAUAAUUUCAUUAUGUAGCAGUCACAUAAACUACUAUUGUCAGUGGUAAACGCGACAAAUUUGAAUAAAAAAGGCAUGAAGCGUCGAUCGCCCAUACAAAUGUACUCCUCACCUUUGUCUUCUGACAAAUCGGUUUGGCGGACCGAAAACCCACGGGCCACGGAUUAUAAAUGGUCACAUCUUUAGGAACACAAUAAGUGUCAGUAAUCUGUGAUUUAUGUUUAUUUUUAUCGAUUACAUAGCCAUCUGCCACCUUUUUCAAAUUUGCCACCUUUUACUGAAAAAAAUAUAUACCUAUACCGACCGGGUAACUCGACCGACUGAAAAAUAGCUUGUUGGUAAUUGUAGAACAGAUAGCAGGAAAGCGGUUUUACUAGAAUACGCAAAAGUGUCAGCACUAUUGUUAAACGAAUAAUACCUAUUUAUAUGUAAAGAUUCUUUCGAGCCAGUAGUUUUUAAACCCCGACGCAAAAAAGAGGGGUGUCAUAAGUUUGACUGCUAUGCGUAUCUGUCUUUGGCACCGUAGCUCUUAAACGAGUGAACCGAUUUGCGUGCAGUUUUUUUUUAUUAUUGGAAGCAGUUUUAGCAGUGGGUCUUAGAUAUACUUUAUCAAAAUUGGUUCAUCCGUCGCGUUGGAGUUUUUUGCCUUUACAUCUACUAUUGCUACUGCUAACUAUUCUAUAGUACAGAUACCUCUAGGUAUAAAAAAGAUAAGGAUUCCUUCCGAGCCUUUGAACUACAUGCUAAUAGUCAUUUCACGCUAAUGAAGUCAUUUUCAAAAACAUUGAUUUAAACUUUCACGAUUAUUUAACAUUAUGAAACUACACAACGGGACUUAAUCGCGUAUUUAACUUUUAAGAUUUACCUCCGACGUUUCGAGGACGGCGUUGUCCCCGUGGUCUCGAAGAAGACUGGCUUAAGUUGACAUCAACAUCUUCUAGCCGCGCGAGUUUUUCGAACUACCCGCACUUGGUCUUGUUUAUCAGUUUGAACGUUUUGCGCACUAGGUUAUGUCACUCUGUCGACACACAACACUAACGAUAUUCGAUUUAUCGACUGUCAAUAUUCUUUUAGAUAGUCAUUAGUAAAUGUAAGCGGAAAAGAAUAUCGACAGUCGAUAAAUCGAAUAUCGUUAGUGUCGUGUGUCGACAGAGUGACAUCCCUAGUGCGCAAAACGUUUACGCCUUUAGAAUACAACACUUGUAUGAAAUUUUACAUUUUAAUACCUACUUGAAAAUAGACUAUACUUUUAAUUAUUAGCAUAGGUACGCGCAAUAAAUAAGAAAUUUUAAAAUAA